AUGCCAUUGCCUCCACCGCAGCAACGCGGACCCUACUCGGAGCCAACCAUUUGGCAGAAAUGUAAAAUGGGGGCUUUGAUGGGCUGUGGCGUCGGUCUCACUAUUGGUUUCAUUUUCGGCUCCUGGAGCAUCCUGAGAGGAGGUGCUGGUCCACGGGGAGCUUUGCCAACUUUGUCACAAUAUAUGCUUAGCAGUGCUGCUACGUUUGGUUUCUUUCUGUCUAUCGGUUCGGCCAUCCGGAAUGAUGCAGGUCUCAUACCACCACACAUGGAUGCUGUUCAUAUGAAAAUGAUGCUCACAACCCCAAUCAUUGCUUCGCGGGCCGAGGGUGCUCAGCGGAUACGGGACCGCUGGGAAAACGAAUUCAAUGUUCAAAGGCGUCUGCGAUAGGCAUCGAUUUAGCCAUGAAAAUGCCUUUCUCACUUGCUUAUCAACAAUAUUUUUUACGCUGUUGCGGGUUUCUAUCCAGCAACGCCCAAAAAAUGGCAGAAUGAUAUUUAAGAGCUGGUGGCUACAGAAAGGUUGGAGGCGAAACUCAUUGUAGUAGAAUCACUGCACCGGUUGGAUAAGUGUGAUGCUCUCGCCUUUCAACAAUAUCCGCCCUGCAGAAGAAUUAAGCCAUUAUUGGUUGCCAGAGCACACAUUACUAUGAGAAAUCGACUGCCUCGAGCCCUGGGAGCUUACCUAGAGGUCGGCGUGGUUUUGGCACUUUCCCGACGAAAACCUCUUCGGCCUCGUCAAUAACCAGAUUCAUGAACUCAUCGAAUCC